CUCAAAGCUGCUUCAGGCAAAUGCGCAAUGAAGACAAAGGACUGACCCUUAAAAGACAAGGACGUAAACACAGGAACUGAUUUAACUUCAUUUAACUCAAACAUUUCAGUCCAGAGAAGUAACAAACUGCCGACACAGAACAUUGGAGCAUGAGUAGACAUGAAAGAAGCAGAUUUGUGGAGCAGCUGUUGAAUGAAGAGCUGGAGGCGGUGGCUCUGGGACUGGAGCAGGGAGAGUACGCCUGGGAAGAAAUUGACCUGCCUCAUGAUUCACAGGGCUCCACUCCUCUUAUUAGUGCCUGCAGGAGGGGUCUUACUAGGGUGAUGCAUUUCCUUCUAAAAAGAGGAGCUGAUGCUACACUGUGUAACCAUUGCAACCAGACAGCUCUUCAUGUUAGUCAACCAGCACUCCAGAGGGAGCUGUUGACGUCUAUGAUCAGAGACAUACCCCAUCAGAGACAGCUCUCACUAGCAGCCUGGAGGGGAGACCUCUGCUGUCUACAAGACCUGAUGGCCCAGACAGACUUGGUGGAGUUAAAUAAACAGAACAGAGAUGGACUGACCCUGCUGAUGCUGGCUGUAAGGGAUGUCGAUCUGUUUGAAAGCUUAGAGACGCCGUGGGACUAUCAACCUGUGGAAGUGGUGAAAGAGCUUAUGUCUCUUUCAGUUGAUAUGAAGAUCCUUGAUGGAAGAGGUCACACUGCUCUGUGGUAUGUCUCUCAGGUCAAAGGCACCAAGAAAGAAGAACUCUUCAGUAUAAUAGAUUCUUCAAUGCAUACAGAACCAAUAGGCACCUGUCUGGACACGUCUUAUUGGCCAACGAGUCCUUCUGUACUCCCCAGCUGCUGUCCAACACGUGGUCGUUGCACAUCAGAUUCAGAUGAGAAGAAGCAGAAAGAAUUAGCUGAGGUUAUCAUGACACAAAAGGAUCAUGCAGACUUCCACCAAGAUAACAGGAUUUGCUUUGAGGGUUGGAUGGAGCCAAAGAUAGACAUCAGACAAGAUGGCAGAGAUGAGAAACGAAGCAGUCGGACUUCAUCCUUGCCCAGCCUAUGGAAUAACAGAAAAGACUGGGGUGAAAUAAGAUCCUUGCAUCCAUCACUCAGUUUGACUUCUUCCUCAAUACCUGUUCUUCCUGCUGCUCAUGUCACUCAGUUCAGCAAAUCUGCUCCGAUGCUAAUGGACCCUCUACUUGAUGCAAGUGUGCUGCUGCAAGCGCGGGCUAACAUUCAAAACAGGCUUAGAGGUGCUCACACAGGGGAUGUUGACAGACAAAAGACACUACCUACUCUAUGUUCAAAGACACCCAAACAUCUUGCUCCACUGGACAAUAUAUACUCUGCACGUUCAAGUCUUGAGCACCCUCUGCUCUUAAAACAAAGUAGCAUCUUGCCUGUCUCAUCACAGUCCAGACGAAGACUGGAAAGGAUCUCCAGGCCGUCUUCGAGAAGAUCCAGAGGCACCAGAGCAGGCAGUGAAGAGAGCAACUCCUGCAGCAGUAGUAGCCAAGAAGAGGAUGAUACUAUGCCUCAAGAUAUACAGAAGAUACAUGUGGGCUUAGAUAAGUCACUAAAUCUGGAACUGGGGACCUAUUUGGAUUUUCAGGAGUUACUCAGUUCAGCAAUACAUAAUACUGCAACAGAUUAUGUAAUUUCAGACAAGAAAGGCUAUACAUCUAUCAAAUCAUUGACUGUCAAGGAAGUCGAGGAUGAAAUAAGAUGCAAGUCUUCCAAGACAACUGAAAACUCUGAGGAUUUUCAGAGGAAGUCUCCAACUAUGGACAGCUGCUCUGUCUCUGAAGGACCCAAGAGCAUAGUCAGACAAAUACAACCUACAGUCAGAGGAUCCUGUUUCAUUGCAAGUGAGAAGCACCUCACCACUGUGGAUGCUGGUGUAGUAGAACAAACUUCACAAGAAAAGAACAAACCAGUUAAGACGAUCAAAAGAAAUGACAAUAAAGGCAAAACAUCAAUUCAGACAAAUCAGUCAUUCAACGUUCUGGCACACAGAAAUCAAAGUACUGUCAAAACCACAAGGAAUAGGAUAAAUUCACCACUUCAUGCAAAAGUGCAGCUCAGAGAAAGUAAACCCACCACCCUAGUUAUUUCAGGAGAGUCUACUAACAAAUAUUUGCCAAGGGCACCUAUAACGGCUUGUAAAAAAACUGCACGUGAAGCCCCAACAACAAGGGGGGUCUCUGGAGCUUUUCAACAAAUGAAGUUGAGUGAUGACAAGAAAGUAAGCAAUAACAAUCAAAACCAACUUCAUAGAGAUCUGAGAAGUGCAAGAGCAUCCAAAAAGCCAGCAACAGGAGCAGUACAGCGAGCAAGGUCUGCUGUGGAUUAUGUCACGUACAAUGACAUGUUUCUGAAGAUCAGCCAGGGAGAUGAAGGUCCAGCAAUCUACGAAAUGUUCGCGACUCCAGUUUAUGAGAAUCUUAGAGUAGACAAUUCUACAGAGAGAACCAGACAAGUCCAUACUGCACUUCAAGUAAAAAGACAGAUCAAUGGAAAAGUGAGGGGGCAAAAAAAAGAAGAGGUUAACCGAAAGAAACAAGCUCAGUCUGAGAGAUCCAGUCGAGCUAAAUGCAGACAACUCAAGCGGAGGGAUAAUGUUAACAAAGGGAUGAGGAAAUGCCCAUCUUCCUCCGAGAAUCAAUGCCAUGUCAUUGUAGCUUCUGCUUGUGGAAAUGUCCAGCAAAAGAAAUCUGAAAUGCAAACUGAGGGUGAUGGGAGGGAAAUUUCAAAUGCAGGAAGACAAUGUAGUUCCAUACUAUCAGUGAUUGAAGAAGUACUUUCCAACACUCUGUCCAAGACAAGUAUCAUUAAGAAAAUAAUACAUCAAGAACAAACUCCAAUUGAUCCCAAAACUGAACCUGAAAUAUCACACGAGACCAAACUGCCAUCGCAGCCCCUUAUUAAUACCUGGACAAGUGACGGAACGGGAUCACCUGUGUACCAAAGGUUUCUAGAUGAGAUUGGUGAUGGGCCUCUAACAGAUGACCUGCUAAGGUCUUUGGCAGAGGAGCUGAUUUCAAUUGAGAGAAGAGACGAAGAAACACUCAAGACUGAAAAAGAAGACAGCACAGAGUUCAAACAUAACUUGCCUUCAAAAUUUAAGAAGCUUUUAAAUGAGGGUGCAUCCUCAGGUGAACUGCAUUACACUAAUGGAUCUUACUCAGAUGAAGCUAUCACAUGGACAAAAGGAGAGGUUCUAGGUAAAGGAGCUUACGGAACGGUGUAUUGUGGGCUAACCAGCCAAGGUCAGCUGAUUGCAGUAAAACAGGUGGCACUGGAUGCUUCAACUUCAGAGAUGGCAGAAAAAGAGUAUGAACGCCUGGAGAGAGAGGUGGACCUUCUCAAAACCCUUCAUCACACCAACAUAGUUGGUUUCUUGGGCACAGCUCUCUGUGAGAAUACCGUAAGCAUCUUCAUGGAGUAUGUUCCAGGUGGCUCCAUCUCAAAUAUCCUGAGUCGGUUCGGACCCCUGCCAGAGAAGGUCUUCGUUUUAUACACUCGACAAAUUUUGGAAGGUGUUGCCUAUCUUCAUGCAAACAGGGUCAUCCAUAGAGAUCUGAAGGGGAACAACAUCAUGCUUAUGCCCAACGGAGUGGUCAAGCUAAUUGACUUCGGAUGUGCUCGCCGCCUUCAGACUUCAACUGGAAGUAAGAGUGACCUUAUGAAGUCUGUACAUGGUACCCCAUACUGGAUGGCACCAGAGGUGAUAAGCGAGACAGGUCAUGGACGAAAAUCAGACAUCUGGAGCAUCGGGUGCACUGUGUAUGAAAUGGCCACAGGAAAGCCACCCCUUGCACACAUGAACAAGAUGGCAGCCCUCUUUUACAUUGGGGCUCAAAAGGGCUUAAUGCCAUCUCUGUCUGAUGACUUCUCUACACAUGCAAAGUCUUUUGUCACAGCUUGCCUAACCAGAGAUCCAAAGCAACGACCUACAGCAGAUGAACUGUUAAGACAUCCAUUCAUCUUUCAUCACAGCCAUGCCUGCAAUAGGCCAAUGAACUUGAAAACUUGAUUUACCAAAUCAAAAAGUGGGCAUGUUUCCAUUACAAAUUUGCACAAACCUUUGCACAAACCUUAUUUAAUAAAUGUUGAUUAAAAAAGCGUUUCCAUUAACCAAUAGUACUAAAAUGUAAUUUUUUUUUCUCUCGUGAUAACAAAUGGCAACGGAUUUUGGUUAUAGUUAAUCAAAGGAGGCAUAUGC